UUUCAUGACACAAUAAUCAAUAAUAUUAUUUCCUUUCUGUCACGUGUUGUUUUUAUUAGUCAAAACAAUAAGUCAAUUAAUCCAAAUAAAUGUAAUGAUUUGUUAAAAUUUAAAUCAAGUAACUAUGACUGCUGUAAGUCAUUAAUAUUUAUCGAAAGAAAUUAUCUAAAAUUGAAAUGUCGUUAUUCCCAGCAUAUCAAGAUAAACAUUGUGAGUCAACAAAUUCACCAAAUACUCAUGGUGCUGGUGAUGACAAUGGUGAUGAUGGGGCAUCAACAAGUUGGUUGAAAAAUUCAAGUUACAAAAUUAACAAUGUAAGUGCUAUAAAAAGAAUCAUAAUAUCAUCAUCAGAUUCAUCAGACUGUGAAGUUGUUGAUACUGUUGAUUUAACAAAAAAAGUAUAUCCAUUAAUAUCACUUGAUUCAGAUGUUGAAGUGACAACAACAGAAAAUAAAAAUACAUUACAAUCAACAAAAAAACAUAAAAAAAAAAAGCACAAAAGUGAUAAACAUAAAAAACAAAAAAUAAAACAAGAAUAUGGAGUUGAAGGUAUAUUUUUUGAAGAUACUGGUGAUAAAGGUAAUUUAAAAGUUGAUACAUUAUGUUCAAGAGCAAGACCACUCUAUGAUUUGAGUGAAAAAACACUUGGUUUUAUAAAAUAUAAAUCACAUAAAAAUAAAGAAUCAAUGAAGCGUUAUUAUUUUCAUAACAAAAAACAUAUUAAAAUCAAGAAGCAUAAAAUGUUAAUUAAAAAAACAAAAACAGAUACAACAAAUGAUGAUGAUAAUAAUACUGAAGAAUUUGAUUAUUUCCUGAAUGACAAAGCAUCAAAAGAUGAAGAAAAAAAAUUAAAAAUAAAAGAAUUUAAUGAAAAAUUAUCCAAUGAACCAAAUAAUAUUAAUUUAUGGCUUGAAUAUAUAAAUUAUAAUGAUGAUGAUAAUGAUACCAAUAAUACUAUUGAUGAUAAUACAAAAAUAGAAAAAAAAAAUACUGAAAAAAUGUUAAAUUAUCAACGUAAAUUAUCAAUAACUGAAAAAGCCCUAGAAAAAAAUAAAACAUCAAUUGAAUUAUUAAAAUUAAAAUUAUAUUUAAUGAGUGAAUUGAUACCAAGUGAUCAGUACUCUGAACAACUUGAAAAAUUAUUAAAAAAUGAUUAUGGUAAUAUUAUUAUUUGGCAAGCAUUAAUAUCAUCAAGAAGAUCAUCAUUGUCAAUUUGUACAGUUGAAAAAAUUAUAAAAUUAUAUUCAAAUUGUUUUGAAACAAAGCAUAAAUGGUUACGUGUUACACAAGAAAAUUAUGAUGAUCGUUUAUUAGAAAUGUUAUAUAAUUUAUUAAUAUUUUUACGACAUACUGGUUGCUGGGAAAAAAUGUGGGAAAUAAUACGUUUAAAUUUGUCAUUAAAUAUAAAUUAUAAAAAUACACAAUAUUUAAAAUAUUUAUUUGAUGAAAAAAAAUUAAUUGACAUGGAAGAAAUAAUACUGGCAUCGAAACUUCCAUUAAAUCAAUUAUGGCUAAGAGUUGAAUUAUUACGUGAAAAUUGUCAUUGGAUAAGUGUGACUAAAGAUAAAAUUGAUCUUAUUGGUGAUUCAAAUCGUUUUGUUUCAACAGAAGAAAUAGCAGAAUUUAUAAAUCCAUUGUUAUCAAAGAAUUCAAAUAUUCGCAUGGCAAUAUUAUCACUUUUAUCAUUAAAAAUUCCAUUGCUACCAACAAGACAUUGUGCAAUUAAAGAUUUAAAAUUUGAAGAAUCAUAUUGGUGUAUUGAUUCUGUUGAGUCAAUAUUACCAAUGAUUUACCCAUGUGUUGGAGAAAUAUCUGGACAUGAAAAAAGAUGUUUAAUGGGUAAAAAAUUAUUAGAAAGUGGAAUAACAUCUGGACCUCAAUAUUUAUGUUAUCAUCCAGCUCAAGAAUUUUAUAUUGCAUUUAUUCGUGAUGUGUUUUUUAGUAUUGCUGAUAAUCUUUCAAUGAAUGAUAAAAUAAAUAUUUACAUUUGGUGGUUGAGAUUUGAAAGAAUGUUAAUUGUAAUACAAAAAAAUAAUAAUCAAAAUAGUGAUAAAGGAUUUAAAAAAUUAAAAUCAAUUAUUAAAGAUUUUUUAAAAAAAGAAGACAAUAGAAAUAAUUUAUAUUAUUACAAAGAGUAUGCAUUGAUUGAAAAAGAAAUGGGAAAAUUUGAUAAUUGUUUGAGUAUCUUGGAGACUGCUAUUAAAAUAAAAGAUAAUAUUUUAAAUAAUUUGACAAUAUUUGAUGAUAAAAUUGCUGUUUUAAAUCUUUACAGAAGUCUUGUUGAAACAUUACUUGAUGCUAGACAUUGGAAUGAUGAUACUACAUCAAAAAUUCUUCAAGUUUUUUCUCAAAUGUCAUCUGGACAAAGUGAAGAAGAAUCUCUAGAUCUUACUGAAUUAUUUUUCAACAAGUGUUAUGUUGAAUUUAUAAAUGAUUCACCCACAUUAUCACAAAAUUCAAUGACAAUUUUUUAUACAAAUUUUUAUUGUGAUGCAGUUACUUGUUACUGCUAUUUUUUGUACAUCAAGAAUAAUGAUAUUAAAAAAAUAUCAGAGAUAUUUGAAAGGUGUUUAGAAAAAACCAAUGACAAUCCCCAACUUCAGGAAAUAUUUUAUGAAAGUCAAGUAUCACUUUUUCAAUUUAUUUGUCAACGUAAAGAAUUAAAAAUUUGUUUUCUUGAAAAAUAUUUAAACGAGGCAUUGAAUAAAUAUCCUGAUAAUUUUUACUUACUUUCUGUAUUUGCUAGUAUUGAGUCUGAAAUGCCAAAUUGGAAUAUUGGUAUAAAAAAUGGACAUAAUAACAGAGUUUAUUCAACUUUGGCAUUGUGUUUAGCUGGAAGAGCUCGACUUGAAUCUCCAGUUUGUGUUGAUGAUCCAAUUGCCAAGACUGCAGCACUCAACAAGUUGUUGCAUUUUUAUAAAAGACAAAUGAGGAUUGUUGAAAUUCGUCGUUGUCCAUUGAUAUGGAGAUUGUACAUGCUGCUUUUAAGAGAACAUGAUCUUUGUGAAAAAAAAGGAGAAGAAAUUUAUCAUGAAAGCGUUGCUUCAUGUCCAUGGGCUAGAUGUAUUUACAUUGAUGCAGCAAGUAUUGCACCACAAAAUUUAACACAAAUUCAAGAUGUUAUUCGAGAAAAAGAUUUGAGAAUGCAUGUGACACCUGAAGAACUUGAUAUACUUAGAGAAUAAUUUAAACAUGAUAAAAUGUUUCUUUUUAUUUUUCAACGAAGAUGUGUAUAUAAUAAUAAUUAUACUUGAA